AUGGAAGCUUUUACCUUACUCAAAUACUGGCGAGGUGCUGGUCUUGUUGGUCUCUCACCGUCCCCUGAAACCACCACCACCACCAUCCUCUCUGCCGUAUCUGACAGCGAAGAUGAUGACAACAACAACGACGAAGACGAAGGUCCUUUUUUCGACUUAGAGUUUACUGCACCAGACGAAGAACAAGUACAUGUUUAUGAAGAAACAAACCAUAACAACCAACAACAAGAGUCUGAUAACGGUGGUAAUGAAACUGAAACUGAGACUGAGUUUAAUAUAACACUUUCUCCUUCUAGUAACGAACGAAACGAUGCAAAUCUUCCUCUGUCACCUUCGGAGGAUAUACAGAUACUUGAGUUGAAACCUUCUUUCGUUCUCAACAACCCUUCUGAACCUAACUCCAAACCACAGUUCACUGCUUCAUUGCUUAAAUCCGCAACCAAGUUUCGUGUCUUCAUGUCUGGACUUAAGAAACCCAAAAACGAAACGAAACAAAAACCAAAUAGAAUCAAAUUCAAAAUUGAAGAAGUUCCUAUUGUUUCACUUUUCACCAGAGACAACAGUUCCAAAGGAAACAUCAACAACAACAACAACAAAUCUCAAACAAACCAAAACCAAAACCAGAACCUGAACCUAAAACUAGAACAUGUGGCAUUAUCACCUUUGGAAGAAAAACGUUUCUCAAAGGAAGUAGUAAUGCACAAGUAUUUAAAAAUGGUGAAGCCUUUAUACAUUAGAGUUUCUCGUAGGUACAGUCAUGGUGAAAAAGAAGAGAAGUUUGGUUCUGCUUCUACGGACAACAAGGUUGAAGCGGAAGUAGCAACGGAAGGGGAAACCGUUGCUGAAAGUGAACAAAUCGAUGCAAAGUGUACUCAGACUCAGAAUCAGAGCCAGAAACAGGGGAAUAUUCCGGCAGGGCUUAGAGUUGUGUACAAACAUUUAGGAAAAAGCCGUUCAGCAUCGUCGGCGGUGGCAGCUUCACCGCCGGCGUUAGUGUCGUCUAAACGCCGUGAUGAUUCACUGUUACAGCAACAAGAUGGGAUUCAAGGAGCCAUUCUACACUGCAAGAGGUCCUUCAAUGCCUCCAGAGAGUGUGAAUCUUCAUCUCAACUACCACGUUCUGUGAGUGAUCUAUUACAGGAGAUAUCUUCAGAAUUGUCAAGGAAAUCUAGUGACAAAAGUCUUUCAGGUUUAAGAUAA